UUUUCUUGAAAUCACAUUGUAGUAAUAACAACUCUUGCUAUUCUGUCUCAUUAUAAGAAAGACAGUCAACCCAAAAUAAAAAUGCUGGAAGGAGCAACAUACCUUUGACCGAGGCAGGCCUUUCUCCAUAAAUGUGCUUUAAUUAUCUCCUGCCAACAACCGGAGUUAGCGUCUUUGUUUUACAGUUGAUGUUUUGUUUUUUGUUUGUCAGUUAAUAGGCAAAUGGAGGAAUGAGCCUACUUCGAAUUACUCCUAGUUCUGUUUCACCUCAACUGCUGAGGCUUAGCAUCUUUCUACUACUUAGCCUUCCUGACUCAAAAGGAAAAUCCAUUUGGACAGCCCACCUGAAUAUAACCUUUCAGGUGGGAAAUCGGAUUAUAUCGGAAUUAGGAGAGAGUGGAGUGUUCGGGAAUCAUUCUCCUUUGGAAAGGGUGUCUGGUGCGGUGGUACUUCCUGAAGGAUGGAAUCAGAAUGCUUGUAAUCCCAUGACCAACUUCAGCAGGCCGGAGCAGGCACACUCGUGGUUGGCCCUCAUUGAACGCGGAGGCUGUACUUUCACACACAAAAUCAACGUGGCAGCAGAGAAAGGAGCAAAUGGGGUGAUCAUCUAUAACUACCCAGGUACGGGCAACAAAGUGUUUCCCAUGUCUCACCAGGGAACGGAAAAUAUAGUCGCAGUGAUGAUAGGCAACUUGAAAGGCAUGGAACUUCUGCACUUGAUUCAGAAAGGAGUCUAUGUGACCAUCAUCAUUGAAGUGGGGCGAAUGCACAUGCCGUGGCUGAGCCAUUAUGUCAUGUCCCUGUUCACCUUCCUGGCUGCCACCGUGGCCUACCUUUUCUUGUACUGUGCCUGGAGACCCCGGGUGCCCAAUUCUUCCACCAGGAGGCGAAGACAGAUGAAAGCAGAUGUGAAGAAAGCUAUUGGUCAGCUUCAACUGCGAGUGCUCAAGGAAGGCGAUAAGGAACUAGAUCCAAAUGAGGACAGUUGUGUUGUUUGCUUUGACAUAUACAAACCCCAAGACGUAGUACGUAUUUUAACGUGCAGACAUGUGUUCCAUAAGGCAUGCAUUGACCCCUGGCUCUUAGCCCAUAGGACAUGCCCCAUGUGCAAGUGUGACAUUCUGAAAACUUAAACCCGGAGAAUCUUCUGAAGAUGUAACCGAGUCUUUCCAAAGAUUGAAAUUAAAUGAAUUCUCUUUUAGCCCUUUAUGCCGAGAAAAAGCUCAACUUCAUCUUCUUUACCUAAGUACUAAAGAGGAUGAAAUUUGUGUGUUUUUAAAAUAAAACUCCAUAUCUUGCCCAGCUA